UCUACUCGCAUCUUGGUUGCUUGAUUUACAGAGAUUGACGCCGGCUGAAAAUUCCUGGUCUGCCAAGACCAAGAUGGGGCAGAGGAUGGCACUGGUGCAUCACAGGCUUAAUUUGCUUGACGACAGCAGACACGUUCAGGAGGACGGUGAUUUCAAGGAUGAGGAGUUAGCUAUUGUUUUUGGUGAACAGUCUAAAGAACUUGAUGACUAUAUUAUUUUAAAAAGGAAGAGAGGGAGGCAAGCAGCAGGUGCUGAAUCUUCCAAGAGCAAGAUGGAGCAGAAGGGGAUAUUCUUCAACAGCGGCAGGAGUAGCGAUUGCAAGAGUGACAAGGAUGAUGAUUUUGAGACAAGUAGCAACAAUGAUGAUUUUCAGACGACAAUGAAGAGAGGGAGGCCAACAGGUUCAAAAUCUGCCAAGAGUAAGAUGGAGCAGAAGCGGUUAUUGUUUGACAGCAGCAGCAGUAGCGAUUGCAGGAGUGACAAAGAUGAUGAUUUUGAGCCGACAACGAAGAGAGGGAGGGCCCCAGGUUCCAAAUCUGCCAAGAGCAAGAAACCGCAGCUGGUUGACAGUAGGAGCCGAAGCAGUGAGGGCAAGGAAGACAAGGAUGGUGAUUUGGAGCCAGAGGUAUCUGAUGAUGAUGGCAGGGAUAAAUCUGCACGAAUCUUGAAAACAAAUUGUAGUGUUAAGGACUUCUAUGGCACUGCUUGGGACAGAGCUGUGAAGGUCAAUGAGAAAUUGCCAGAAGAAGGCCCAAGCUUUAUCAAGCUUAUGCUGAAGUCACAUGUUGUUAGGGGUUUUUGGCUGGGGCUCCCGGUUAGCUUUUGCAGAAAUUAUCUUCCAGACCAUGAUGUUACAGUUGAAUUAGAAGAUGAGGAUGGCCACAGCUAUGAUACAAAUUACCUAGCUCGCAAGGGGGGACUCAGUGGUGGGUGGCAUGGAUUUGUGGUACAACAUGAUCUUAAAGUAGGCGAUGCCGUGGUCUUUCAACUCGUGAGACCAACAAGAUUUAAGGUGUACGUACUAAGAGAAAAUAAGUUCACUACAACUGAUGGAGCCCUUAGUCUCCUGAAUUUGGACACAUCCAAGGAAAACAAUAUAUCAGAAGAAAAUAGUUCGGAUGAUGAUGUCAUGUCCAAGGAGGAUUCAGAAGGUACCAGACUCGGUGGCAAUGGAACCAAUGAUGACAGCAGCAACCUAGCCAUUGAAGAAGCAGCGGACAACGACGGCAUCAGAUCUCCAGACCACCCAGACACCGGUUUCAACACCAUGACAAGCCUUAGAGACUUCAAGAUCGUGAUCGAUGGCUCAGCCAUCGACCGCAAACUAAUUCCGGCUCACAUGCGCACGGCAUAUUACGAGCUCUGCCUUGCACGGAAGGCAUUCCUCCACAGGGGUCUGCUGAAGCAGAUAAGCCCAAUGUUCGCUGCAGGAGUGAUCAUGGAGACGGUCAACAUCGCCGUGGGCAUCAGGGCCUCCUCUGCAUCUUCCUCUUCCCUGGAGGACCUUGCGGCGUGGAAGAAGAUUUUGGAGUCCUUUGAGUUCCUUGGAAUGGACGUCGCCUUCCUGCGCAAGCGCGUUGACGGCCUACUUGCCCUCCUCACUGCUCAGCCAGACCUCCAGGUUGCCGCACAGGAGUGUGAGGAGUAUGAAAAAGUCAAGCUGGAGAGGAAUAAUGCCGCAGAAGAAAUGAGAGCCCUUGAGUCGAGGAUGUCAAGCCUCAAGGAUGCCCUGGAGGAGAUGGACGUGGAGAUGAAAGAGAUGGUAGAGUCGAGCGCGAGGAAGAAGAAGGACCAGGCUAUGCGGCAGCUGGCGGCCGCACCAUGGUGAUCGACGACAUCUCGUGCGCAUGUUCUGUAACUAGCUUAGGGUUAACCUAUGUAUCAGUUCUAAUUGAACUUUUUUUUCCGUGCAAGCUCUAGUUAAAUGUUGUCUAUCUAGAUGGGUAGUUUGGUACAGCAACGUAUCUAGGAUGCCUUUUUUUUUGGGUGCACAUCAGCUUCAACUUGUGCGCAGCUAGCAAUGCUGCAAGAUGGAAUGAUGAAAUGUAGCCUUGCGUGUUUAUUA